GGAAGUCAUGGAGGAGAAUCGUGGGAUCCUGCACUCUCUCCUUGGUGAUGGAUUGGAAAUGAAGAAUGGGGGAGACCACAACAGAAUCCACACAGUGGAGAAGACAUAUCAAGAUUGGAAGUGUGGAGAGAGCUUCAGUCAGAGCUCCCGUUCCCAUCGAAGAAAGCACACUGGGAAGAAAGGCUAUCAGUGCUCAGAAUGUGGGAAGAUCUUCACUCGUAGUGCCACUCUCACUUCCCAUCAAAGAAUUCAUACUGGAGAGAAACCUUAUCACUGCUUGGAAUGCGGGAAGAACUUUAAUACAAUACCAAACUUCCAUCGACAUAAAAGUAUUCACCGUGAGGAGAAAUCAUAUCAGUGCUUGGAAUGUGGAAAGGGAUUCAGGUGGAAGAGUAGUCUUGAUUCCCAUCAAAUAAUUCAUACAGGUGAGAAUCCCUAUCAAUGCUUGGAAUGUGGGAAGAACUUUAACAGAAGCACAAGCUUCCAUCGACAUCAAAGAAUUCAUCGCGCGGAGAAACCCUUUAAAUGCCAAGAGUGUGGAAAGAGCUUCAGUCAGAGUACGAAAUUUGUUGCCCAUCAAAGAACUCACAGUGGGGAGAAACCCUAUAAGUGCUUGGAAUGUGGGAAGAGUUUCAGUCAGAGGGUGAAUCUCACAUCCCACCAAAUAAUUCAUACAGGGGAGAAACCUUUUCAAUGCCUUGAGUGUGGAAAGAGCUUUAGUCGCAGCUCCCAUCUCACUUCCCAUCAAAUGAUUCAUACAGGGGAGAAACCAUAUAAGUGCUUAGAAUGCGGGCAGAGCUUCAUCCAGAAGGCAAGGCUCACUUCCCAUCAAAUAAUUCACAGUGGGGAGAUACCAUUUCGAUGUCCAGAAUGUGGAAAGAGCUUCACAAGGAAGGAAGGUCUCAUGCUCCAUCAAAGAAUUCAUACAGGGCAGAAACCAUUUCAGUGCUUGGAAUGUGGAAAGAGCUUCAGUCGGAACUCCUAUCUCACUUACCAUCAAAGAAUUCAUACAGGAGAGAAACCAUUUAAAUGUCAAGAAUGUGGAAAGAGCUUCAAUCAUAAGGUAAGUCUCACAUCCCAUCAGAGAAUUCAUACAGGGGAGAAACCAUAUCAGUGCUUGGAAUGCGGAAAGAGCUUCAGUCACAGAGCCAAUCUCACAUCCCAUCAAAGAAUUCAUACAGGGGAGAAACCCUAUGAGUGCUUGGAAUGUGGAAAGAGCUUCGGUCAGAGGGUGCAGCUCACUUCCCAUCAAAUAAUUCAUACAGGAGAGAAACCGUAUGAGUGCUUGGAAUGUGGACAGAGUUUCAGCCAGAAGGCGAGUCUCACUUCCCAUCAAAAAAUUCAUACUGGGGAGAAACCUUAUCAGUGCUUGGAAUGUGGGAAGAGCUUCAGGACGACCAACCAUCUCACUUCCCAUCAGGUGAUUCAUACAGGGGAGAGACCAUAUAAGUGCUUGGAAUGUGGAAAGAGCUUCAGUCACAACCACAAUCUCACUUCCCAUCAAAGAAUCCAUACUGGGGAGAGACCUUACCAGUGCUUGGAAUGUGGAAAGAGCUUCAGUUGGAAAGAAGGUCUCAAUUCCCAUCAAAUAAUUCACAGCGGGGAGAUACCAUUUCGAUGCCAAGAAUGUGGAAAGACUUUCAGAAGGAGGGCAGGUCUCAUGGUCCAUCAAAAAACUCAUACAGGGCACGAACCGUAUUAGAAAUGGGGAAACAGCUUCCCUUCCAAGAGGAGUCUAGCUUCCAAUGAAGAAAUCCAUACAGAGUGAAAGCAGAUCAGUGCUUGAAAUGUAGGAAAGGCUUUAAUAAAAGCACACACUUCCAUCAACAUAACAUUAGUCACCGAGGGCAGAAACUAUUUCAGUGCCAAGAUUAUGGAGGGAGUUUCAGUCAGAAGGAAAAUCUCACACCCAAUCAAAAAACUCACAGCAGCGAGAAGCCGUCUCAGUGCAUGGAAUGUGGAAAGAGAUUGGUUAAGAGGGCCAGUGUCAUCGCAAUAGGUAUAUAUAGGAUUUAAUUUGGGGAGACUUUGAUUAGUAUGUGGGCAAGGAUUGGAAGAAUGUUCUUGUCAUUCAGCAACACAGCAACGGAACUUGACCGGGGGGGCAUUUUUGUCAGUGUCUCACGUAUAUCCUCAAGCAGGUGACCUUUUCUUCUUGCCCAGCUGAAGUGUGGAAGAAAUAAGGAGUGUGUGUUGUGUUAGACUGGCAUCCGGCACUCUUCCCUGUGCCUCUGAGCCUUUGGACUUCCCCCUGGCUCCAAGCAGAGUUUCGCAACAGCGGUAUGUGCCCUGUGUGGGUGCAAUAAAUAACAGUCCCGUACACAAGCUUCUUCCUAAUAUAAGAAGCUUUAAUUUAUGUACAGCAUAGCAAAAUAAAUCCGGGAGAAAGAGCAAACAUCCUCCCGUUUGUCAGCGGGAAACGAAAGUAACUCACACACAAAGAAACAUUCCUGUAUGUGAACAAGCCGCACCUCAGUAGGCAGGGAUGAUGCACAGAACUGUUUAACCCUGCAAGUUCUGAUUUUCCUCACACACCCUCUCGUCCCGCAUACUGAGGGAAACUGUAAGUACAACCACUUACCCCAAAAACAACCCUUCACAGAACUCCCCAUGACGCUGGAAGCUCAAGGGUUUAGUGAACCCAUCUGCCAGGUUAUCCUGGCUUGGACAGUACUUCAGCCCACCAAGCCUGCCUGGACACUUUGACACACAUUCUGGAGACGUAUGUCCAAAUGUUUGGUUCUGGACUUGACUCUGCCAACUUCAGACAGGGUUGGUUGUCUUCCCAAACAGUAAUGGGCAAGCAACAAUCCCCACAGAUCUCUUGGACCAAACACCGGUAGAACUCCAAUUCCCUACACAAAUCAGACAACACACCAAACUCAGCUUCAGUAGAGGAAAGCACAAUAAGACUUUGCUUUUGGGACUUCCACCCAACUAGAGAUUCCCCAAACUUUACUACCAUCCCAGACACCGAUUUUCUGUCUCCAAGAUUUGCCCAAUCGCUGUCAGUCCAGCACGUGAGUCGUGCGUCACCAUCAGCUGACAACGUGAGGCAAAAAUCUUUGGUAUCCUGCAAAUACCUUAGCACUCUCUUGAUGCCAAGCCAGGCACUCACACUGGGCUUUGUAGCCACCCGGCUGAGCGGGUUCACAGCAAACGCUAUGUCAGGUCUGCUCCACUGGGAGAGAUACAAACAGACUCCCAGCGCUCUUUGAACAACCAGGGUUUUGGAACUCAGAACGAUCCCCAAGCUGACUGUCCUUCAUGUAGCUCAUCUCCAUGGGCGUUUUGACCCCUGCACAGUCAGACAUCUUGAACUUCUCAAGCAACUGCUCAAUCUUGCCUUUCUGACUGAGCAAAAAACUUCUGUUCUCAUACCUGUCUAUCUGAGCUCCUAGGUAAACCUUUACUGGACCAAG